CGGCGGGAGGGGCCGGGAGGGCCGGAGUGAGCGGCGGCCGCAGCUGCAGCAGGACGGCCCGCCGGCGGCUCGGGGCCGCGCGCCGGGAACCUCGCGGGGCGGGCGGGCGCGGCACCCCCUGCCUGGCGGCCUGCGCCUGGCGGGGAGGCGGCCCACGCGUGACGGGACCAGCAGCAUGAGCAGCGGCUACAGCAGCCUGGAGGAGGACGCCGAGGACUUCUUCUUCACCGCCAGAACCUCCUUUUUCAGGAGAGCGCCCCAGGGCAAGCCCCGCGCCGGCCAGCAAGAUGUGGAGAAAGAGAAGGAAACCCACAAUUACCUCAGCAAAGAGGAAAUCAAAGAGAAAGUUCAUAAAUACAACCUGGCUGUCACAGACAAGUUGAAGAUGACCUUGAAUUCAAAUGGGAUUUACACUGGCUUCAUUAAAGUCCAGAUGGAGCUCUGCAGACCCCCUCAGACUUCUGGAAAACUCGCUCCCGGUAGCAAUGGCUGUAUGAACACGCUUCACAUCAGCAGCAUGAACACCGUCGGGGAAGUGAUCGAGGCCCUGCUCAAGAAGUUUCUUGUGACCGAGAGCCCUGCCAAGUUUGCACUUUAUAAGCGUUGUCAUAGGGAAGACCAAGUCUACGCCUGUAAGCUUUCGGACCGGGAGCAUCCGCUCUACCUGCGUUUGGUGGCUGGGCCCAGAACAGACACGCUGAGUUUUGUUCUUCGUGAACAUGAAAUUGGAGAGUGGGAAGCCUUCAGCCUUCCAGAGCUACAGAAUUUCUUGCGGAUCUUGGACAAGGAGGAGGACGAGCAGCUGCAGAGCCUGAAGCGGCGCUACGCGGCCUACCGCCAGCAGCUGGAGGCGGCCCUGAGCGAGGUGCGGACGCCCGGCUAGGCGCGCCCUCCCCUGCCGCCCCUGGCCGAGAGGCGCGGGACCUGCGUGCGCAGCCCCAGCCGGGGUCUCUCUCGCGGGGUGGGGGGGCCGUCCUCGCGCCCCGUGACGCCGGGGGCCUGCCCCCUCGGACCCCCGGCUCUAGUCCCCGCCGCCUUCCGGCCUUUCCCGGCGGGGCGGCUGCUGCCCGUCCGACGACCCCGCGGGCUCACCUCUCGGCAAGCUGUGAAUCUGUGGUCUCCCCUCUGGGGCCAUCUAGGCGGCCUGGAAGCACGACUCUGGGUUUUGUUUGGUUUAUCUUUCUUCCGUACUUUGUUUUCGUUGAUUAUGUGAUGGUGAAGUGGAGCUGAAGGACGUGCAGAUGAUUUUUUUUUUUUUAAAGCUUAAUAAGGAAUCUCUCUGAAGACUGUCCUGUGUUGAAACUACCUGUCCGUUUUCUGUUUUCGGUCUUGAAAUGUCCGAGGAAGCG